CAAACUGCGUCUCUGUGUUUUUGUCAGGUUCUAAAAGAGUAUGGCGGUGUCUACGUGGAUUGGGACGUGUUUGCUAUGAAGCCUUUCCACCCUCUCAGGCGGUUCGACUUCGUCUUGGGCAAUGAAAUAGCUGGCCUGAACAAUGGUCUUAUCCUCUCCAAGAAAGAUGCUCCAUUCUUAAAGGUGUGGUGGGAGAACUACAAGCACUUUGACGACAAUAAGUGGAACUUCCACUCUGUCAUGGAGCCGUUUCGUCUGGCCUUUGUCCACCCAAACCUUAUACAGAUGGAGUUCAACACGCUCUCACGACCAGGCUGGGAAGACUGGUGGGAUAUGAAGGCCAUGUGGAAUGAGGAUCACCUGUACCCAUGGUCACAUGUCUACGGAGUACACUUCAUCUACAGUUACCAUGGGGAGGAGCACAACCCAGAAGACAUCAAGCACAUGAGGGGGACCUUUGGGCAGAUGGCACGAUGGGUGUACUAUGGUCAAGUGGAGUUCCUAGACUAAUAUCACAAAGCACUGUAGGGGUAUCUUUGCUGGAUUAAGGAAUACUUGCAGAUACAAUGUAGAUGUGCAAAUAGGUGUGACAGGUCGUUCAGUGAUAUAUAACAAGCUGCUGCUGCACCGCGUGCCUGUGAAGCUGGUGUGUUACACUGAAGGGCGGUUUUAACGGCUACAAAUGUAUUAUAGAUACAGAUAAUGCAGAUUUGGAUUAAUGGCACUAUGGGUGUACUAUCGUUAAGUAGAGUUCCAAGACUAACAUGCAGUACACAAAGGGCAAGAAAACAGAGCAUAGAGAAUUCACAGAUUUUGUAUAUCAUGGAAAUGGUGAAACAUAUUGCCCUUAAAAACUUGAUUGCCAUGUAUUUUGAUUAAAACAAUAAUUAUUGCAACAUUUCAAGAACUUCAAAGCCUUUAAAAUACGCAGGACACGUUUAAGUGCUCAUGAUGAGUCAUACCAAAGUUGUAUACUUUGAUUAUGAUGUACAUACUUUUUAAAUUUGAUACAUUGUUUUAUACCAUAUUGUUGGAAAAAA